AUGCGAUGUUUCCAAGCCAUUUUUGGCUCCAGCUUCGAAGAGCACCGUUGCAGCUGCCCUUUCCAGCGAACCACGAUGAUGCAGCCGCUGCAGCCUGCGCAGCGUCGGCGUGGCCACCAAACGCGGCUUCUUGGCUUUGGGGCUCCGGUGCUGAUAUUGAUGCUCACUCGUUCUGGCCUUCUUCAUAGCGCCUUUGAUUCAUGGUGGCCCGGGAUCAAGCGUCCGCCUCUCCAGCAGGCAGACGACUGCAUGGCGACUGUGGAAGACUUCCGCGGAUGCUUGAACAAGGACAUUGUGGGCAGAGAAUCGCUCAAGGAGAAGCUGAUAGAACAGUAUGAGCUUGCUCAACAACACCAGAAGAUGCGCGCUCAAGGAGGCCAGACGCCCCCUCUGCAUUUCGUUCUGACAGGUAACCCGGGAACGGGCAAGACGAUGGUAGCUCGGAAGCUGGGUGACAUCUUCAAGCAGUUUGGUUUGCUCACCACAGGUGCAGUCAAGGAGUUUCAGCGUGGGGAGUUGGUCUCGGACGAUAAAGGGAGGAUAGCCGAAGCGGAGGGAGGCAUUUGCUUCAUCGAUGAGGCGGAGAGGCUCGUAAACAACCCCAACCCUAUCGGGAGAGACGCGUUGGAGGAAAUCAUGGCCCUGCUGGGUGAGGCAAAAAAUGUCAUGGUGAUUUUUGCAGGUUACCGCAAGGAUAUCGUGAAGCUGUAUGGUAUCAACGAAGGCCUGGAGAGGAGGAUCCAUAUGGAAAUUCAUCUAGACGACUACAAGCCCGAGGAGUUGGCGAGAAUCUUCACUGACAAGUUUGAAGGCAAAUUUCAAGGAGGAAAUGAUAAUGUUAAGUACAAAAUUAAUCGCACCGCAGCAGAAGAGACACUCCUGACGAAGUUCAAUACAGAGUUGAUGCGGCAACUCAUUCCGCGCUACAAUGCCGGCUUGGUUGAUCAUCUCUUCAAUCAUGUGGCCACAGAGAUUGCAAGAAAGGAACCUGCAGUCAAAGACACAAAGGACAGCAAGUGGCUGGAGACGGAGGAUCUGGAGAAAGCCUGUGAAAAGUUGGAGCAGCGACUCAAGGAGCGGCAGGAUUGGCUCAGUCGCUAG